GUAAAAUCCCUACCACACUCUGAAAGGAAUAGUGAACAGUUUAAGGCACCAACCGUGGCGCACCGGCUGAUCCAAAUGUCUCGGGGUCUAAGCCAAAUAUAUAAGUGUUGUUGUAUUGUCUAAGCAUGCUGGACUCGAAGACAAUUCCCUUCUUAGAUUUAUCGAGUAGCCAUACUGGACUCAAGACUACGAUGCCAGUCGGAACUCAAGAUGCCAAUUCAAUCCCUUGGGAUCCAAACAACACAUCCUUCCCAUCGAGAAAGGACCUGCUUCGACUUCCUGAUGCACCCGAAGACGCCGCCUGGGUCUGGGGAAAGGACGACUGCUGUGGCCGCCUUAACCUCCUGACGCCCAACCGCAUCAGAGCCGCCAGCACCUACAUCAAGACAGGAGAGUUGAUCCCGAUGGACCUACCCACUAGCAUCCCCGCGACACCGGCCGCGGGCCGCCUCCCUUUCAAGCACGAAAUCAAGACCCUCGCGCCCGGUCUCGCCUACGACGACAUCUACGCCCUAAACACCCAGUCCAGCACGCAAUGGGACGGUUUCCGACACGUCGCCCACAAAGGAAGCCGCAAGUUCUACAACGGAGUAACAGCGGAGGAUUUCGCAGGAUCAGAUGUCGCUGACCUUGGCAAAGGAAGUAUCCAUCACUGGCGAGACCAGAUUGGAGGGAUCACGGGAAGGGGCAUCUUGCUUGAUUAUCGGAGUUACGCCGAUAGUCUUGGCCUGAGAUACGACAGCGCGUCUAGACAUUCGAUCUCCUAUGGCGAGCUUGAGGCGUGCGGGAAGUGGCAGGGCAUUGAUAUUCGACCGGCGAGCCAGGGCGGCGAUAGCCAGGUUGGAGAUAUUCUAUUCAUCCGCUCCGGCUGGGUGCAUGACUACUACCACCGCAGCGAGGAUGAGAAUCGUGCUCUCGCAUUACGCAGCAUUGAGGAGACUACGUUCGCCGGCGUGAAGCAGGAAGAAAAGAUGGUGGAUUGGUUGCAUGACUGCUACUUUGCGGCUGUCGCGGGCGAUGCGCCUGGUUUUGAGCGGUGGCCGACGGAGGAAAAGUGGAUGUUGCAUGAGUAUUUGUUGGCAUUGUGGGGGAUACCAAUUGGGGAGAUGGUAGAUCUGGAAAGGGUGAGUGAGGUCGCGAGGAGGGAGGGGAGGUGGACGUUCUUUUUCACAAGUGCGCCGUUUAGGACGAUAGGUGGUAUUGCGAGUUUUUUGAAUGCGACUGCUAUAUUCUAGGAAGGAGAAAGAAUGUUAGUUAUUCAUGAUAGCUGGUUAGGAUCUCUAAUUAAAUUCUUCAUUCUAGCAUAUAGCGCUUUAUCUUUUCUCAAUGAAUAAAGUCC